AUGGAAAUUCCUGACAGUGCAGUGGGGAGGUUCAUUUUGGUGACAACUCUCACUGUGUAUUGCAUUCUGGUUUUCUGGAUUAACUCCUACCCCUUUAUUGACGAGGAUCUUUCCAUAUACAAUUACAUCCCCGAUCCACAGUGGGUGUUGCUGGGGUGCGCCGUUUGGGGAUUCUUUUUUAUUGGGGGCGUGUCAGGGGUCACUUGUGGUGGGAAGACAACUUUAGCGAAUAGACUGCAGAAUUUGCUAACACCAGUGUAUGUUUUUCAUCAGGAUAAAUAUUUUUAUCCUGAUGAUAGUCCUAAACACGUGAAAUGUGAGGGUUUGGAUCAUAAUAACUAUGAUAUUCUGUCGUCUCUGGAUAUGGAGGCGAUGUUUGAUGAUAUAACUAAAACUAUAAAUGGGGAAGACAGGGCUCAUGUGAGAAAUUUGGAGCGAAGUCCGGGGAAGCUGGAGUGCAAAGGGAAGAAAUUUAUGGUGAUUGAGGGGUUCACUGUGUUGAAUUAUAAGCCCAUUAUGGAGAUUUGCAAUUUGCGGUACUACCUGUUGCUGGAGUAUGGCGCGUGCGCGUCGCGGCGCGCGCUGCGGCUGUACGUGCCGCCCGACGUGCCCGGCUACUUCGAGCGCUGCGUGUGGCCCGCGCACCUCACCUACCGCGCCCAGAUAGAGAAGGAUCAGCGUGUAACUCUCCUGGACGGCGCGCGCGCCGACGCUCUGCAGCACGUGAUAGCGGGGUUAGCGGGUUUCGGCGUCAACGAGAUU